AUCAACUCUUGACGACUUUUAUAAUGCCUCACUUGCAUUUUAGCUAUAGUCCAAACUAUUUUUCUAUAGAAGACAUUGUGCUUCAAGAUGUCAGGGUGUCUUGCAAAUUCGAAGUGGCUGUUCCCAAGUUAGGUAUGCUUGAUCAGUCGGCUGACGAUGAAAACCUCAAACAAGGAAGCAAAGUAGAAUUGCCGUUCUGGAUGGUACCCACCCUUCAUGCCAAAAAAAUUGUAACACUUGAAAUUCCAAGGCACUACAAAGUCAAUUACAGACAGAUCCUCCAGGCAGACAGUAUAGUUGUUGACCUCCACAAAUGGGGACCCUAUUUCUAUGAUCUGGGACUUCAUGUGGCAAAUCUUGAAUUAAAGGAUUCUCUUGAUAUCAAGAGGAGCCUGGUUGAGACCCUUCGUAACCGUUUGAGACAAAUUAUGGACAUGUCUCAACAUUCCACACACCACGAAACAGUACACAUAAUUGCAAACUUGGAUGAAUUAGAAAGAAAGUUGUUUGGAGUGGGUCAGUUGAGUUACAGAAGCUACAAGGAAUGGGUCCGAAGAGAAUCCAGCAAGAUCAACACAGCUACUCUAGUAGCCAGUCACAGAAAGAGAAAAUUUGCAGAAGUGACUGUUUAAGAUUCAAUUACCAGUUUGUCAGAUGUAUUUGGCCCCUAUCUAAUUAACAAUUAUAUUGAGCAACUAUGAAGUUCGACACAGUCAAUCAGAAGCAAUUAACUCGUUUGUUUUUAAUAGAAAUGACGCACAUUUGAAUGGAAAAAAAACCCCUGAUGGUAGCAACACGAUGGAUAUGUUGAGUCCCUGUUAUAGUAAUUGUGCUACUCAUCUUUGGAAAAUAUUUGCCGCGCAAUUCUCAAAUCGAAUAGAUUAUCUCUUAAAACUUUAA